AUGUGGUCGGAUCUUCGGGCUGCGGUUCCCCAGGGAUCCAGUGAUUUACAAUCCCUCGCAAGUCCUCUUCCGGAUGUUGCGUUGGCUAGCAGAGUACCCAGUACUUCCUCCAAAUAUUUUUCUUCUUACAACAGAUGGAGGUCUUGGGCACGAGAACAUGGCUUGACAUUUGUUCCUGCUUCUCCGUUUCACUUUGCUAUUUAUUUGCGUCAUUUGAUGACUGAGGCGAAGACAGCAUCUCCCUGGAGUCUGCAGUUCACAGCAUUGCCUGGUUUCACCAGCUGGGUGGCGAGCCGUCUCCUUCUGAUCAUCUGUUGGUUAAGAGUACUCUUGCCGGUGCGCAGCGUUUGCUGGCACAUCAAACGACCAAGAAGGAGCCUAUCACAGUCUCUCAGUUAGAGCAGUUAGUUGCCUCCAAGGCGGACUCAAUGGCCUGUUUGUAUAACAUUCGUUCGGUUGUUAUUUGCUUACUAGCUUUUGCUGCCUUUCUCAGAUUUGAUGAGCUAGCUUGCUAAGCUUUUUCGAUCCGAUGUGAAGACCGAAGAUGAAAUGUCAAAGUUAUUUAUUCAAUUUAGUAAAACUGAUCAGUAUAGAGAUGGAGCUUGGAUUGCUGUAGCUUCUUCUAAGAAAGCAACUUGUCCGGUUGCUAUAAUGAACCGUUAUUUAGAUAGAAAUGGGCUUUCCUGUGAUAGCCCUUUGUUUUGUCAGCUUUCCAAAACUAAAUGUGGUUGUAAGCCGAGAUCUAAAGGUUUAA